UGUUUCAAGGUCGUUGCGGAGUUGGAAUACUUUUUUUAAAUUUGAAUUGGUCACAAAAUUGCCACCAAAUUAUUUUGCCACUACAAGGAUUUUUUUUCCGAAAUGAAUUAUUUACUCAGCACUUCAAGGCACGGCUCAGCUGAAGGCGGACCUAAGCAGGUUUGUUGUCACAAGGGCACAACAAGGCUUUCUCACUGAAUGGGCAGCCAGCAACGUACUCCAGGCAGUUAUGAGGCUUCUUGUUUACGUCUACACACUGGCUUUCGUGCACUCGUGUUGUAGAUGUAAUUUCUAUUGCAGCAUCUUUAUCCGGCAGGGAAGAGAUGUGGAGUCUUUUCCCAGGAAUAUUCCAAAAAACGCUUCAGAAGUGAGAAUUGUGUAUACGAAAAUUCUGGUUAUACCAAACGGAGCUUUCGCGGGAUUUGAUGAACUUACAAACAUAGAGAUAUCUGAGAACUACGACCUGAAAUCAAUAGAAGCUAACGUAUUCUCAAACAAUCUGCAACUACAAGAAAUAAUUGAAAAAGCAAACAGCCUUGAAACCAUCCACCGCGAGGCUUUCCAGAAUCUAACCAUGCUCAAAUAUCUGUAUAUAUCCAACACUGGAAUACACUUUAUCCCCGUUGUUUCCAGGAUACAGUCUCUCGAAAUGGUAUUUCUAGAUAUUCAAGAUAAUAUUAAUAUAAAGAAAAUCGAAAGAAAUGCAUUUGCUGGACUCAGUAAAGAAAAUGUCAGGUUGCGGCUUGUUCAGAAUUCUAUUGAAGAAAUAGAAAACUACGCAUUCAACGGCACAGAUUUACUUGAACUAGUCCUCAGUGGCAAUCAGAGACUAACAACAUUACCAGAUCUUGUCUUCCACGGAGCCAUGGGACCCGAUGUACUGGAUAUUUCAAAAACUCAGAUCAGCUCUUUGCCGAGGUAUGGGUUGGAAAAUGUGAAAAAACUGAUCGCAAACCACGCAUACAACCUGAAAAAGCUUCCUCCUUUGGGAAUGUUGACAAAUCUGAUUGAAGCCAAUUUGACUUACCCUAGCCACUGCUGUGCCUUUGCAAACUGGAAGAAACAGAAAAGUUCAGAUUUGCAUCCAUUCUGCAAUAUAAGUCAUUACGAGCUGCAUGGGGAAGCGAAGUCCAUGGAAAAUAAAUCAGCACAAACCGAUUACCAGCUGAAUGGACUACUCUUUGACCACAACGACAAUGGUUAUGACUUUCAUUUCUGCCUCGAUGUGCAGAACUUUGCUUGCUUCCCUAAACCGGAUGAAUUCAAUCCAUGCGAGGAUAUAAUGGGAUACGACUUUCUCCGAAUCCUAAUGUGGUGCAUCAGCAUUUUGGCUAUUGCAGGCAACGCGGUGGUGCUGAUCAUACUCAUAACUAGCAAGUCCAAAUUCAAUGUCCCAAAAUUUUUAAUGUGCAAUCUCGCAUUUGCAGACUUCUGCAUGGGAAUUUAUCUUUUGCUCAUCGCAUCUGUAGACAUAAAAAGCAAAAGUCAGUAUUAUAAUUAUGCCAUUGAAUGGCAGACUGGUGCGGGAUGCCACUCCGCAGGAUUUUUUACAGUGUUUGCCAGCGAACUGUCCGUUUUCACGCUGACGGCAAUAACUUUGGAAAGAUGGCAUACCAUAACCUUUGCAAUGCAAUUGCAACGUAAAGUGCGGUUUCGGCAGGCAAUCAUGAUAAUGAUAUCUGGUUGGAUAUUUGCCUUUGUAGUGGCCUUAUUACCAAUUGUCGGAGUUAGUAGCUACAGGAAGGUUAGCAUAUGUUUACCGAUGGACAUUGAAACUCUACUUUCACAGGCAUACAUCAUAUUUAUUCUAGUGCUCAAUGUCUUGGCAUUUGUGGUUAUCUGUAUUUGCUAUGUGCAUAUUUAUGUAACAGUACGGAAUCCCAAUAUUGUCUCCUCGCACAGCGAUACCAAGACUGCCAUCCGUAUGGCGGUAUUAAUAUUCACAAACUUUUUGUGCACGGCCCCUAUUUCGUUCUUUGCCAUUUCUGCAUCCCUAAAGGUUCCUCUAAUAACCGUGUCCAAUUCUAAGAUUCUUUUAGUGCUCUUCUAUCCAAUUAACUCAUGCGCUAAUCCAUUUCUGUACGCCUUUUUCACAAAGGCUUUUCGGAAAGACUUUUACACUUUAAUGAGCAAACUUGGCUGCUGCAAAUCUCGAGCUCAGAUUUUGAGAACAGAAACUUCGUCUUCCAAUGUUAAUUCACGAAAUGGACAUUACAUUCCCGGUCAGAAAAACAGCACUGGAUCGGUGUAUACAUUAGUACAGCUAAAUACCCAUAGCUGAAUUAUAUAUAUAUUUUUUUUAUUUUUUGAUAUGGGAUUGAUUAUAUAUACAGUAUAUAAAUUAUUUAGAGAAUUAUUUAAGGAUAACAAAUUCCUGUAUUUUAAGGCCUAAAAAUGUAGGACAUUGUUUUCUAUUUACAGGACAUCAGUAUAAUGUAUAUAUCUGUCACUUGCACAAUUCAAUUUAUGUUUUUGAAAAAUAAUACUGUACUAGUAGUAAAUCUAAUAGUCACUUACUUAAUAUGAUUUAAAUGAAUUACAGUAACACAAGUAACGAGAUUAUUAUUACAAGUAAUACUCAUUUAGUAACUCCUAGCCAUAGUCAUGUAGUUAUUAGGCUGAAAAAAAAUGCCUCUCUACUUUAUCCAUUCACUUCCCUUACCAAUGUCACAAGAAGGUAAAUAAAAUAAAUAAAACUCAGCUAUACGGGUGACACCCGGAUGUCACCCGCCGAGGGGUGACACCAAAGUGCCAGCUCCUGCUCACUGACAGGAGCCGGCUGCUAUUCUGUAACAUUACGUGUAGUAACCCGGCUCCUGUAACCGUGUAGGAGCCGCCUUUGCAGACACGCUAGCCUCCGGGGGCAGCUUGCAACUCCCGGAACCCGGAGUGACGAAACCGCGGGUCGAGGCGCUUAGCCACGCCCCAUUCCAUGAAUCCACUCCCCUCCUGUGAAGUCAAGCCCCCUUUGCACCCGCUGCCGCAACGGGAGUAUAAGAGGUGAGUGACUUCUCUGGCUAUACAUGGUUAUUCUAAAAGAAACAUUUGCAGUGGGAUUUAAUGAAGUCCGAGAUCACUAGAGGUGCAGGAUGCUGGACUUUUUUUUUAAAGGGGCAAAUACUUACAAGGCAAAACCAUGUCUUGUAAGUGAUUGCCCCUUUAAAGAAAAAACAUUUGAGAUCGUCCGACGUGCUUCGGAAAGCUCGGACUCCAUUACAUCGCAUCGUUGGUCUUAGUUCCAGGAUGGAUUGAUCAGACCCUAAAGUGCAGUACAUAUUAAUGAAACAUGAAUGAUUUCUACAAUCUUAUAUAGUGGAGGAGGGGGGGUGGGGAUCUUUCUUCACUUGUAUCUUAGGGGUACAUUUUUCAAGCCUUCUUAAGAGGACAAGCAGAGAUGUUUCCUCUAGCAACCAAUCAAAUUCUAGCUACUAUAUCAUUAAUCUAGUAUAUUCUAGAAUGACAGCUAGAAUCUUAUGUGCUGCUAGGUUUAACUUCUCCACUUCUACUUUUUAGGGGGUUUGAUACAUUUUCCCCUUAGAAAGAGAUGUUUGGGGAUUAUUAAAUAAUAAGAUUUAUCAGCUUUUUGCUUUUUGGUUCCCUGGGAAAUAAUGACAUCAAUACUGGUGUUCCCGAUCGAUAUUUAUAAGACAGUAGUGAAGUAAUUAAGGGGCAUAUUCAUCACAAUCCACAUCUCAGAUGCGGUAGUGAUGCGAUAAAUUUGCCUACAUUCGCAUUGCAGUAUUUGAAAAUAUUGCACAAAUGUAUUAAAGUUUGCAUGCAGGGACCGAGCUUGCGAAUAAACUCUGUCCCUGGAUAUCCUCUGCCUGCACUUCUCAUGGUAUACCCUGAGUCUGGGCAUGCGCCAGCAACCCCUCUGCUGCGCUCCUGCCCCACUGCCAGCUUACCCGCUCCCACUGUGCUCCUGUCUCUAGCUCUUUAUAUUACUAAAAAAAAUAUUGAUAAAUAUGCCCCAUAAUGCAAACUAGAAGGGCGCCUUCAUGUGUGUAGGUGUGGACGAAGAUAAAGAGUUGCACUGUGCAAACAACUCAGUGUUGCUUCAUCAGUUCUACCUCCUGCGCACUGUGACUUGGAAUUACACAUGGUUACUCUAUUACAGGAUCAGUUCAGUGGCAUUCAGUGGUAUCUAUAAUGGGUGCAGUGUGUGCUGUGUACACAGGCCCCUGGGUCCAGAGGGGGCCCACAGCACACACCCGAACGAGGCAAAAUGUCAUAAUCCCGCUGUCGGAUUUUCGCGGGAUUUGGAUUCCAUAUAAGGAGCCGCGCGUCACAGCCAUUUUUACUCCAGUUUUGGAGAGUGUAUUGAGAGGACAUGACCUCAGUGUUCAGUGUCUGUGUGGGGGCAGGAAAGUGAGGUGGCGAGUCUUGUGCUGUGUUGUGCUGCUCAGUCCCGUCCAGUGUAGUCAGUGUAUUGUGCUGCAUCAGUCCAGCCAGUCACAGUGUUGGUGUCCUCUGCUGCUAUAUGUCCCCAGUUCUGCUGGCUUGCAUUUUGCUGUGUUGUCCUGCAUUAGACCAGGGGAAUUCUCUUGUGCAUCAGUCCAGUGACCAGUCACAGUGGUGGUGUCCUCUGCUGCCAUAUAUCCAAUGUAGCUGUAUGAGUCCCUUUCAGUGGUGCUGUGUUGUCCUACAUUAGACCAGGGGAAGUCUCUUGUGCAUCAGUCCAGUGACCAGUCACAGUGGUGGUGUCCUCUGCUGCCAUAUAUCCAGUGUAGCUGUAUGAGUCCCUUACAGUGUUGUUGUGUUGUGCUGCAUCAGACCAGUGGUAGUGUCCUGUCCAUCAGUCAUUCCAGUGACGAGGCAGUCACAGUGGUUUACGCUGCUGCUAUAUGUCCACUGCUACAGUAUUAUAAUAAUAAUAAUAAUAACAACAACAACAACAACAACCACAACUCCCUUGCAGUGUUGUUGUAUUGUGCUGCAUCAGACCAGUGGUAGUGUCCUGUCCAUCAGUCAGUCCAGUGUCGAGGCAGUCACAGUGGUAUAUGCUGCUGCUAUAAGUCCACUGCUACAGUAUUAUAAUAAUAAUAACAACAACAACAACCACAAGUCCCUUGCAGUGUUGUUGUGUUGUGCUGCAUCAGACCAGUGGUAGUGUCCUGUCCAUCAGUCAUUCCAGUGACGAGGCAGUCACAGUGGUAUACGCUGCUGCUAUAUGUCCACUGCUACAGUAUUAUAAUAAUAAUAAUAGUAACAACAGCCACAAGUCCCUUACAGUGUUGUUGUGUUGUGCUGCAUCAGACCAGUAGUAGUGUCCUGGCCAUCAGCCAUCAGUCAUUCCUGUGCCGCAUAUUUUGUUAUAUAACUCCAGAAACAUAAUGGAGAACAAAAAUUUGAAGGAUAAAAAAGGGAAAGAUCAAAAACCACUUCCUCCUAGUGCUGAAGCUGCUGCCACUAGCCAUGACAUAGAUGAUGAAAUGCCAUCAACGUCGUCUGCCAAGGCCGAUGCCCAAUGUGAUAGUAGAGGGCAUGUAAAAUCCAAAAAGCCAAAGUUCAGUAAAAAGAACCAAAAAAAGAAAUUGAAAUCGUCUGAGAAGAAACGUAAACUUGCCAAUAUGCCAUUUACGACACGGAGUGGCAAGAAACGGCUGAGGCUCUGGCCUAUGUUCAUGGCUAGUGGUUCAGCUUCACAUGACGAUGGACUCCCUCAUCCGCCCGCUAGAAAAAUUAAAAGAGUUAAGCUGGAAAGAGCACAGAAAAGAACUGUGUGUUCUGGGAUGGUAUCACAAAUCCCCAAGGAGAGUCCAAGUGUGUCGCCGGUUGCGAUGCCUGACCUUCCCAACACUGGACGGGAAGAGGUGGCUCCUUAUACCAUUUGCACGCCCCCUGAAAGUGCUGGAAGGAGCACCCACAGUCAGUUCCUGAUAUUGAAAUUGAAGAUGUCACUGUUGAAAUACACCAGGAUGAGGAUAUGGGUGUUGCUGGCACUGAGAAGCAAGUUGACGAUGAGGAUUCUGAUGGUGAUGUGGUUUGUUUAAGUCAGGCACCGGAGGAGAAACCUGUUGUCCAUGGGAUGAAGAAGCCCAUUGUGAUGCCUGGGCAAACUACCAAAAAAGCCACCUCUUCGGUGUGGAAUUAGUUGCCUCUGUCAAUCUGUAAUAAGUAGGGGUAAGGAUGUUAACCACCUAGGAAUAUCCUCCCUUAUACGUCACCUGCAGCGCAUUCAUCAUAAGUCAGUGUCAAGUUGUGAAACUUUGGGUAAGAGCGCAAGCAGUCCACUGACACCUAAAUUCCUUCUUCCUUCUGUACCCAAGCUCCUGCAAGCCACACCACCAACUCCCUCAACGUCAACUUCCUCCUCAGUCAGGAACAUCAGUAGUCCUGCAGGCCAUGUCACUGUCAAGACUGAGGAGUCCUCUCCUAACCGGGAUUCCUCCGGAGGAUCCUUGAGUGGUACACCUGCUGUUACUGCCGCCGCUGCUGUUGUUGCUGCUGGGAGUCGAUCGUCAUCCCAGAGGGGAAGUCGGAAGACCACUUGUACUACUUCCAGUAAGCAAUUGACUAUCCAACAGUCCUUUGUGAGGAAGAUGAAAUAUGACAGCAGUCAUCCUUUUGCACAGCGGAUAACUGUGGGCCAUGACAGUUAUGUUGGUGUUAGACGUGUGUCCGGUAUCCGCCAUUAGUUCAGUGGGACUUAGAGAAUUGUUUGAGGUACUGUGUCCCCGGUAUCAAAUACCAUCUAGGUUCCACUUCUCUAGGCAGGCGAUACCGAGAAUGUACACAGACGUCAGAAAAGAGUCAUCAGUGUCCUACAAAAUGCGGUUGUAUCCAGUGUCCCCCUAAUCAUGGACAUGUGGACAAGAGGAACAGGGCAGACUAAGGACUAUAUGACUGUGACAGCCCACUGGGUAGAUGUAUUGCCUUCUGCAGCAGCAACAACAACAGCAGCGGCACCAGUAGCAGCAUCUUGCAAACGCCAACUUGUUCCUAGGCAGGCUAUGUUAUGUAUCACCACUUUCAGUAAGAGGCCCACAGCUGACAACCGCUUGCUGAAACUGAGUAACAUCAUUGCAGAAUGGCUUACCCCAAUUGGACUCUCCUGGGGAUUUGUGAUAUCGGACAACGCCACCAAUAUUGUGCGUGCAUUACAUCUGGGCAAAUUCUAGCAUGUCCCAUGUUUUGCACAUACAAUUAAUUUGGUGGUGCAGAAUUUUUUGAAAAAUGACAGGGGUGUGCAGGAGAUGCUGCGUGCCGAAGACUGGAGCACCAGCAAACACUCCUGAACCAGCGCUGCCAUCAACUGAAUCAAGAGGUGGUAACGAGGUGGAAUUCAACACUCUAUAUGCUUCAGAGGAUGGAGGAGCAGCAAAAGGCAAUUCAAGCCUAUACAUCCACCUAUGAUAUAGGCAAAGGAUGCACCUGACUCAAGUGCAGUGGAGAAUGAUUUCCGUCUUGUGCAAGGUUCUCCAUCCUUUCGAACUUGCCGCACGUGAAGUCAGUUCAGACACUGCCAGCUUGAGUAAGGUCAUUCCCCUCAUCAGGCUUUUGCAGAAGCAGCUGGAGAGAUUGAAGGAGGAGCUAAGAUGGAGUGAUUCCGCAAAGUAUGUGGGACUUGUGGAUGGAGCCCUUCAUUCGCUUUGAGAGGAUUCAAGGGUGGUCAAUCUGUUGAAAUCAGAGCACUACAUUUUGGCCACCGUGCUCGAUCCUAGGUUUAAAGCCUACAUUGUAUCUCUCUUUCCAGCAGACACAAGUGUUCAGAGUUGCAAAGACCUGCUGGUUAGAAAACUGUUAACUCAAGUUGAACGUGACCCAUCAACAGCUCGUCCUUCAAUUUCUCCCGCCACUGGGGCUGCAAGGAAAAGGAUAAGAUUUCCUAGCCCACCCGCUGGCGGUGAUGCAGGGCAGUCAGGAGCGAAAGCUGACAUCUGGUCCGGACUGAAGGACCUGCCAAUGAAUACUGACAUGUCUACUGUCACUGCAUAUGAUUCUGUCACCAUUGAAAAAAUGGUGGAGGAUUAUAUGAGUGACAGCAUCCAAGUAGGCAUGUCAGACAGUCCCUAUGUAUACUGGCAGGAAAAAGAGGCGAUUUGGAUGCCCUUGCACAAACUGGCUUUAUUUUACCUAAGUUGUACCACCUCCAGUGUGUACUCCGAAAGAGUGUUUAGUGCAGCCGGUAACCUUGUCAGCGAUCGGCGUAGUAGGUUUCUUCCACUAAAUGUGGAGAAGAUGAUGUCAAAAUGAGUUAUAAAUUCCUCUGGGAAGACCUUUACCAGCAUUUGCCUCCAGAAAGUACACAGGGAUCUGUGAUGGUGGAUUCCAGUGGGGACGAAUUAAUACUCUGUGACGAGGAGGAUGUACACAGUGAAAGGGGUGAGGAAUCAGAGGAUGAGGAUGAGGUCGACAUCUUGCCUCUGUAGAGCCAGUUUGUGCAAGGAGAGAUUGAUUGCUUCUAUUUUGGUGGGGGCCCAAACAAACCAGUCAUUUCAGCCACAGUCGUGUGGCAGACUCUGUUGCUGAAAUGAUUGGUUUGUUGAAGUGUGCAUGUCCUGUUUACACAACA